GAACAAAAGGCCUGCUUCCCAUAGGCAUCCCACACUACGUGAGGAUACAAGUACAAGAGUACUAGAUGUAGUUGCACCAGUUCUUGUUGUUGUAUUAGACUUUAGUUGUACACCUACAACACCAGCACAUCAAGAUCAACUUCAACAGUACCAGCAGCUUCACUAUACUGUAAGUAUGAAUUUAGAUUUUGAUUUACCUCCUUGAUGUUGUUACCCUCGGGCGAGAGUAUUAUGAUUAACAUUAAGCACUUCUAGAACAAAAAAUGCCCGUGAAGGACGAUCUUUUGGCUGCCCUGGAGGUCCAGGAGUCCGGCAAUGUGGACACUUUGCGGAAACAAUUUCAGCAGCUGAUGCUUGGAGCGGAUCAGGCCCUAUGCUUCGACGGACAACAACUUCAUGUCUUGGAUCUAGAGUUGGGACACUUUGUUGACUUCGAGAACGAGGAAGGAUCCGUGGCAGCGGCGCCAGGCAAUGAUGAUGAUGCACAGCGACUAUCCUUCGUCCGCGACUUCAAUAGGAAAGUAGCGGAAAACUUCGAUCUGAAUGCGGCGAGAAAUAAUAAGGGAGAAGGUGCCGAUGGCGAUGCCGAACAAGAUGAACCUCCAGCGAAGAUGCCGCUUCUCUUCGAGGAUGUUGAAGAUACAUUUGAGCUUUUGCGGAUCCAGGCACUGCCAGUGUUGCCACAGUUAAGGCUCAUGACUUCGCUUCAAGAAAUGAGUAAUAUCAUACAUAGCUUUCCUUAGCACGAAGCUGGACUAUGUAUGAGUAGAGUUUUGCAGAUGAAAACGUCUGAAGCUUGAUAGGCAUCAAGUAGAUGAAUAUCAAUUGAAACCCUUCGCCUUCCCUCUGAUGUAGCCUUAAUACUAGUCACUACCCGAAAGAAACAUCUCUAAUUCCUCGUGCCGACACGCCGUGGGUGUAUCCUGGACGGCCUGGACGCGUCUCGAGCUUAAAUAUUCGACACUAUCUCGAGAGUUGCCGCGCGAAGAACCUGAAAGAAGACCGCAAUCCCUUCGAAGGCUCGUCUAAGUCUGGAGAGAACGGAGACCAGGGAACAUCUAAGCGUAGAAGUUCCGCUAUACUAGGCAACAAGCGUAGAAGUUCUACUACUGGUGUCGGUGGUACUUCCGGAGUAGAUGAUAAAAACCGACAUCAAAAGCUGGAAAGUGGAGCCACAACCGCAGGUGGCCAUGGUUCUCCGCGUGUAAAACAACGUAGGAAGUCAGUGGAUGUUGCGAUUGCGGAAGCGCUAGGCCAAGAUAUCUUGAUCAACCUCGAUGACGAUGAUGACGAUAUCGAUGAUGCGCAUGAAGAUUAUGGCUGGAAAAAUAGUAGGAAUGUCGAUCUUCCUCGUCUUCUUCUACACAGCGAGACUCUAGUGUUACCUGCUCAGCUCUGCCACUCAUCUUACGGUCACGCUUUCACGUUACUAAUAAAAGGACGAGGAUAUAGAUAUUGCCCCAGCCCCCACCCUCUUCUAAGUACUAGGCCCAAAGAGGAAAAAGCCUGGUGGGGAUCGACAGAAGAAAGAAGCAGAUCGGAAAGUUGAGGAGGAAUUUCAAGUAGGCAAGAAUUCGGAAAUGCAGUUUGUGCAGUAUUCACAAAGCCUGGCUCUCAAAGCCUUACCGCAUCCGUCGCCUGUAUCUGAACCUUUGGCCAUAGCAAACGUCAGUUUGCCAAGGGUACAAAUAGCACUUCGAAGAACAAGAUUUCUUUUGUGAUGAAGAUUGAGUCACGUUUUUUGAAAUUGAAGUACUACAAGGGCCAUGAUUUGAUUUUUAUUAUUUUUUUUCCCUUAAAGGCAAAGGGGCGCUUUCGUCUCUGGCAAGGGACAGACGGAGUAACUACUUCAGCAUAUUAUCUUGAUCGCCUUCCAUCUAGAAGUACAUCCAGCAACUCCAUCCCUUCCUCUCUGCUAUUGUCUUCCACGGUCCACAGGUGCGUCCUUCCUUCGAGCUACGUAUACCGUGGAUCCUGAUUGAAAGAGGGUUACUCAGUUCACAACAGUUGGAGACCAUUACCUUUGCAGCGAUGCGACUGGAUGAUGCGCGAAGCGCACGCAAGUGUCCGAGAAUGAACGCUUACCUUCUGGGGGACGGUACGGGCUGUGGAAAGGGGCGCGUGAUUUCAGCACUGAUUAUCCAUAAUUGGCACCUGGGGAUUAAAAGGCACUACACGUUUCUAGUGAUUCAAUUAUUGUCUCAGUUCGAAAGGAAUGACGCAAACAGAAAGUGAACGAUGGGUGCACCGAAGUCUUUUCCCUUGGAUCUAAUCUGAGAGACUAGCCAUUCUAUCAUUUUUUUCAGGCACAUCUGGGUCUCCGCCACAGCGCAGUUGCUAGAGGACGCGCGUAGAGAUUUGCGCGAUUUAGAGCAUGGGCAUAUUCCGGUGAUGUCGUUACCAGAGUGGAUUGAUCGACUACAGCGCAACAAUCCCAUACACAAGGACUUGGGCGCGGUCAUUCGCAAGAAAUGCUCGUUUGAUAUUACGAUUGGUGGUUCAGCUCGAGCUCGUGCUGAGACUAAAAAUGGAAUUGCAAAUGAGCCUUCAUCUUUCUAGUUUCAUUUGCGGUCGCGAUCAUUAGCACUAACAGGUGGUCUAACUAGUCGGUGUUGAAUCUUCCAGUUCCAUCCUCUUCUAAUACCGAAUUGCGAAAGGGUGAGCGCUGUCCGCUUUUGGAUACGUUGGAUUUUGAGGGAAUUGACGGCAUCGUUUUUCUCACGUACAAUAAGCUAGCUAGAUUAAGGCUUCACUUAGAAUCCGUCUUUUUUUGUUCCAUCCAUCGAUCUGUAGGUGUACUAGGCUGUAAUAUUCAAGUUGUAAGUAAGAAGAAAAAUGGACUACACAAUCACAGAUGGGGGAAAAGAUGGAUCAUUUGUAGUGAGUUCUAAGUAGAGACGUGAAGAAAGAGGUCGUCCCUUUGCUGCAUUGGUUCACUCAGGGAGAGGCCGCGGAUUUCGUCGGAGAAGUGAAGUCCAUCACCGGUGGAGAAGUUUUACCAGGGGCUGACAUCUCUUCCAUGAACAGCAAGAACAAUGCGUUUAAUGAGAACAAGCGGAGGCGGGUUAUGGAAGAGCUGUCUCCAGGUGGCAUGCGAGAAGAACUUGCACUCUGUGAAAGCGACGACUUGUUUGAGGAUGGUGUUGGUGCUGGUGGUGGAGGUAAGAAGAGUAAAAAGAAUAAGAACACAACUAAUAGGGCUCAGAGCAAUGCUCAAAUAGCCCAAAGAAGGACCAAGCGCGGGCCUUUGCCAGGUCUAGGAAUUCUUGCUUUUGAUGAGGCGCACAAAGCAAAGCAUCUUGUGGUGAAGAAAAAGCGAGAUGGCUCAACACAUACUGCCGGAAGCAGCAAAAUCGGUCUCGCAGUCCGUGACUGGCAAGAGCUCUAUUGUCGAAAUGCCAAAGUCGUCUAUGCUUCCGCGACUGCCGCAACCGAAGUCGCAAACAUGGGGUACAUGAGCCGCCUCGGUCUCUGGGGUGAGGGCAAAGUUUUCAAGACCUUCAACGAAUUUUCGCAGAGCAUUUCGUCCGGUGGCGUUACGGCUAUGGAAGUAGUAGCGAUUAACUUAAAAGCGUAUGGCGUGAUGAGCUGUCGAGGGUUGUCGUAUUGCGGGUGCGAAUUCUCCCAGAUUCCUAUGGAACUAACUGAUGCACACCAAAAGGUCUACGACAGCUGUAGUGAGCUGGUGCGAAUGAUGAAGGAGGAAUUUGCGUACUUUUUGACGGAACCGGAAAUCAAAGCGCUCUACACCGUUGCGGUGACAAAAGUUGGUAAGUACCUAUGUAAGUACUCAUGCUUUCCACGAACUCCACUUGAUUUAAGUCGAAGAUGCUAACUGUUGCAUUUCGCGCACACUCAACAUCUACUUGACUCAUAGCAUUAUACGCAAGUCAUACGUCAUGACACAAUGUGGAUAAAUUUCUACCACCAGGUCGCAAAGGCGAUGUCGACGACCUAAUGGAUUUAGACACUGACGAGGAGUCUGAGGCCGAGAGUGAUACUGCUGUCCGACGCGGUGCAGGCCGAGCGAAGGCCAAAGCCAAAUCCCGAGCUGCCGGUGGAAAGAGGAACAAGAAUAGUCCAGAUGUUGAGCCUGCUUUACCGGGAAGGGAAAAGGCAACGCGUGAGCUGUGGCGUCAGUUCUGGUCCUUUCAGCAACGAUUUUACAAGCACUUGCUGGUUUGUUUCAAGGUUAGCAAAACUGUCGACUUGAUCGACGAAGCAAUGGCUGCGAAUGAGCAAGUCGUGGUAUCGCUGUGGACGACCGGCGAAAGUAGAAUUCAGGACUACCUGAACGGAGGUGAUGGCGGUGACGAAGAUGGCGUGAAGAAAUCUGAGAUCGAGUUGCUGAAUGCUAACGUUCCUUCUUCUAGUAGUUCUAGGAACAACCACAACAGAGCAGGAUGCGCAGAUGACAAUAGUCCGGACGUUGCGGAGUUGCUGUCUGGUCCCAGACUAGCCUUAGACUACGCGCUGGAUACUUUUUUUCUUGUGCCGCCGUUUCACUAUGAGGCGAAGACGCGGAAGGAGCGCUUGAAGAAGAAACUAGACGACUUUGCGCACUUGUUGCCAGCAAAUGCCCUAGAUCAUUUAAUCGAGAAGUGUGGCGGGCCGGCCAAAGUAGCGGAGAUAAGUGGACGGACGAAACGAAUGACCCGGGACGUGAAAACUGGCCAAAUUCGCUACGAGCUGCGAACGGCUGCGGACCCACUAACGGGCAGAGCAGUCGACGUCCCGAAUGUGAAGCAGGAGCUGGGUGUGCCAGCGGUUGGCCCUUCUGUUGGAGGAGCGUCGUCUUCAUCAUCGUCAUCUUCGGGUGCUGCAGCUGCACAACAACUGGCGGCCCCACCAAAUGGUGGCGGUGGUGCGUCCUCAUCAUCAUCUUCCGCUAACCCUUUCUUUUCUGGUGUCAGCGUCUCGGCCGACGAGUAUGCACAGAGAAUGCGGGCAGGUACCAGGAACAAAGCAGCAGGUGGAGCUGGUGGAGGCGGAGCUCGUGGUUUGCGUGCUGUGGACAAGAAGAAGGCUAAGCGAGAAGAACAAGGUCUUUUGAAUGACCUUUCAGCUGACAUCACCUUAGAGCAGGCUGGGAUUUCUAUAGAUGGCGCUGGAGUUGGAGACGCUGGUCUUGGAGGUGGCUCGCGUCGUUUGCCAACCGGUUCUGCCGCUUUGAACAUCGCAGAGCAGUUUUUGUUUCAAUCAGGGAAAAAGCGCAUCGCAGUGAUCACCGAGGCGGGCUCGACUGGCAUUUCGUUGCAUUGUGAGAGGCGAC